AUACUACAACCCUCCAAUCUAUAAACACAGAAGUUGAAGAGAGAGAAAGAAGCAAUAGAGGAGAGAGAAGAGAAGAGGUCAAGAAGAGAAGCAAGAGGAGAGAGGAGAAUCGCUGCCUCUGCCACUGGAAAGCAGCAGCAGCAGGGGAGAGGCAGCAGGCAGCAGCAGAGGAGAAGCAAGAAGCAAGAAAGAGAGAGAAAGCGUUGGGACUUUUCAUUGGAUCCUCCGCUUUUGGGAGGAGCAGCAAAGGUCUCGUCUUUCCUCUCUUCUUCUCUUCCUUGUUGCCGGCGAGGAGGAAGAAGAAAGAGGAGGAGAUGUUCCCGCCUGGGCUGAUCCACCACCGGCCGGACGGCGGCGAGGCGGGGCGUGCGGCGGGGGGAGGGCCCAGCCUGGUGCUGACCGCCGAUCCCAAGCCCCGCCUCCGGUGGACGGCCGACCUCCACGAGCGCUUCGUCGACGCCGUCGCCCAGCUCGGCGGCCCCGAGAAAGCAACACCUAAAACUAUCUUGAGGACAAUGGGUGUGAAGGGGCUCACUCUUUUCCACUUGAAGAGUCAUCUUCAGAAAUAUAGACUGGGGAAACAAUCUGGAAAAGAGGCAUCGGAGCAAUCUAAAGAUGCAUCCUAUCUUCUAGAUGCCCAAGGUGGAAUGAGUGUGUCGCCUAGAGUUUCUACUCAAGAUGUUAAAGAAAAUCAAGAGGUCAAGGAAGCAUUGCGAGCUCAGAUGGAAAUGCAACGAAGACUGCAUGAACAAGUGGAGGUCCAGAAGCAUGUGCAGAUCAGAAUGGAAGCCUACCAGAAGUACAUCGACACUUUACUAGAGAAGGCAUGCAAGAUCGUCUCCGAGCAGCUUGCCUCAAGCGGCUUCAGCAUCUCGGACAAUGAUCUCCCGGAGCUCUCUGGUGGUGUCAUGUGCGGCUCCGCUGACACAUUGAGCUCCUCCAUCUUCCACCAGCUCUCUGUCAGCCCAAUCAACCUGCAUAGUCCUGAGGGCAAGCCGACGCCCUCGGGCAUCGAAGGCCAAAUGAUCCUCCAGAAGUCACCUGAGCUUAAGCGCAAGUCUUGCUGAGCCGUGUCGUUCGACGCAAUCUGGAUGUGCAAACACCAGUUUUCUUGUCAUGGGGGUAGUCAUGUCGAAUUUCGGAAUUCGAAUUUCGGUAAGAAGGGGGGAUGCUCUGCCAAUCUUGUAGAGGCCAUCUUGUUCUCUGGCUAAUGCAUGCCAACAUUGUCAAGUAGCAAGGUUUUCUCUCUUAUGUUAUCAAUCCAAUCAGCAUAUCUUAUAUAAAAUGCCUAAUGUGCUAGAUCAAGUGCCUUCCUUGAUAAAUAAUAUUAUUACCGUGAGAUUUGGGUUCUGACAUGAUUAACUGAUAUAUCCAUCUGAAACAAUUUCGAAUAUCA